UUUUUAGAAUUUGAUUUAAGACUUCAGUUUUCACGGUCAAUGCCGUUUUAAAUGUUGUGUAGUUAUCUUCAUUUGCGAAUAAAUUAUAAAUAUUCACGAUCAUUACAUUUAAUAAAUGACACCAGCAACCUUUUGGAUUAAUAAUUGUUUUUUGGUUUUAUUAGUCAAUUUCGUCGCCAGUUUGAGGGAACUUUGUCCUAGAUAGAGAAGUUGGCCAGUGAAAGUGGUUGGCGCGCAUCAUAAAAUUUUAAAAAUGAAUUCGUGUACAAGAAUGUGGAAGAUAUGCAAUGGGCUUACCAAAAUUUUACCCAAACCUAUAAAAAAAUAUCCUUUAGCUAAGCUGUGCAGUAGUAUGAGCACCAAUGCAUCAAUACCGGAGUACAAACGAGAAAUGGAGACAUUUCAAGACGUAUACCCUAGUAUUAUUGAGACUAUAAGUAAAAGUCCAGGCCUUUAUGAUAACCCAGAUGUUGAUGCAUGGAUAAAAAAGUUAUUGGACUACAACUUGCACGGUGGUAAAAAAGCCCGAGGCUUGGCGACUAUUUAUGCAUACGAGAUACUUGAGAAGCCAGAAAAUAUCACUGAAGAAUCUCUUCGCUUAGUAAGAGUUCUGGGGUGGUGUGUAGAAAUGUUACAAGCAUACUUCCUGAUAAUGGAUGAUAUUAUGGACGCGUCGUUAACACGAAGGGGAGUUCCAUGUUGGUAUCGUCUGCCCGAGGUCGGUCUGGGCGCUAUCAACGAUUGCAAUUUAGUCCAGGCCGCUAUGUACAAUGUAUUGAAGGAAUAUUGUGAAAAAUUACCCACAUAUAAUAAUAUUGUGCAUCUGUUUAAUGAGACGUUAUUCUAUACGGCUAUAGGCCAGCACUUGGACUUUACGAUGGCACACAGAGUGAAAAGCGAUUACAGUCUGUUUACACCAGAACGAUACAGUGCUAUCGUGACAUAUAAAACCGCCUACUACACGUUCAAAAUGCCAGUGUUUUUGGGAAUGCUUGUGACGGAUAAUGUACCACGGCACACGCAUCAGACGGCCGAGAAGAUAUGUUUGGAUUUAGGUUAUUUAUUUCAAAUGCAGGACGACUACAUAGACUGUUUCGGUGCUGAGCACCUGACAGGCAAGGCAGGAACGGAUAUCCAAGAAGGUAAAUGCUCAUGGCUGGCCGUCCAAGCUUUGCAACGGUUAUCUGAACCGCAGCGCAAAGUGUUCAUUGCCUGCUAUGGAAGCCACGAGCCAGCCCAUGUCGAACGAAUAAAACGACUCUAUCAAGAACUUGGUAUACCAGAACUAUACCGUCGAGAGGAAAAACAACGAUACGAUGCGAUAGUCCAACUAUCGCAAACAUUUCUACCUGAUUCAGGGAAUAUGCGCGAUUUGUUCAUGAAACUGUUAGCGCUAACUUAUAAUAGAAAGAAAUAAUUUUGCAUUUUUGAAACUACCCUCAGUUACCGCCGACAUUGGCAUAGUAUUGUUGUCAUCGUUUUCGGAUACUUGCAUAAUCAAAAGAAAUAUAUACACAAAAAUUUGGAAACAACAAUACUAAGCCCUAUAAAAAUCUAUUAUUUAUGACCCGAUCUAAGUGAGAAAGCAUGGACUGAAGUGAACCUUAAUAUAUUUUUUUUAAUUUCCCAAUAAUUUGAAACCUUCCCUGUUACAUAAAAAUUGAUAAAAUGAAAUUAUUAACGGUCUUUUGAUACAAUGACAUAUAUUUAAAAAUAUAGCGUAUAUUUUUUAUUUGUGAAGAAAAUUUUAAACUACCCUCACGUAUACAUAAAAAAGAUUAUUAUUGAAUUCUUGUUUGACUUGAUAUAAUUGACAACUUAAGCAAUUAUUAUUUCAUAUUUACUAAAAUUCAAAUAUAACUUCAUGAUAAAUUUGAUUUUCUUGAAAAUUUUAAGUUAAAUUAUUUAUAUUUUAUAAACUUUGUUGUAUUACUUAUUUAUUAGCAAUUAAGCGCGUAUCCUAAAACAUACAUAAAACUUGGCUAACCAUGAUCGUUGGAGCAAGAAAUAUCCAUUUUAAAAUAUACCUUAAAACCAAGGAAUAAGAACGAUACUAGAAUGAAUUCAAACUCACAAUCCUGCUAUAGCGGUCAUAGUAUAGACAAGAAUCAUUUUGACAGCACAACAUGUCUAACGAACGUUUAAGAAUACGAGAAUAUUGGUGCUGGGCUAAUGAUAUAA